CCGGGUGUUAUCUGGUUUGCAGUUAGCUCUCGAUGGAGAAAAACAUGACUCUGAUUGAAGAUGUUUUAUUGCAAAUAGGGAUAGAACAAUUUCCUGGAAAACAGAAGAAAAAUGUUCCAUAAAACUUAGAAUAUAGGGAAAUAGCUUCCUGUCAACUCCCUUUUAUUCUAGGCCAUAAACCCACCGCAUAAAACAAGUAAAAGAUAAGGUUUUGUUCUUCUAGUCACCAGUGGCACACAAAACCUAGCAGAGGUAUGGCAUUACAAGCACCAAACUUACCCUUAAAACCCAACCCAAACAACCCCUUUCCACCCAUCCCAUCCCAUUUGAGACCCUCUUCCCACCAUCAAAAAACACCCCAAAAAGUUGUCCCAAAACACCAUCUUCUCACCAGAAGAUCCAUAUCAACCGCACUGUUUGGUUCCCUACUUUUCGAUUCGAAACGAGCGAAUGCAACGUUUGAUUUCGGGGUCACAACUCCUGACCAGACGGUAGAGGAGGCAGAGAGUGGAAUCAGGUACCAUGCACAGAGUUUGUUGCAAGUGAAAGACUUGUUUGAGUCAUCAUCUUCCACAGAGUUGUGGAAAGAAGCCCAGAAGGCCCUGCGGAAGAGGGCUUCGUAUCUGAAACAGGAUAUUUACACCAUAAUACAGAGUAAGCCCGGGAGUGAAAGGCCUCAGCUGAGGAAAUUGUACACUUUUCUGUUCAACAAUGUAACUGAACUGGAUUACGCGGCGAGGGAUAAGGACACGACGCGUGUGUGGGAAUGUUACGGGAACAUUGCUGUGGCUGUUAAUGACAUCUUGUCUAGAAUAUAAUGCAACAGAGCAAUUGCCUAUUCAAAUUGACAUGCCAGUCUGUUUUCAGAUAUAUGUUAUCGUGUUAUUUCUAACAUAACGCGAUUGUCAAGCUUGUCUCUUCUUUUUUGUGUCAAGAGUUUGAUACAUUAGUCAUAGAGCACUGCUAAGGACACACGUGUCAGGAAGGAGCCGUCCGAUGCGCGUGCCUCCCACACACGAUGCACGUGGGACUCACCCACAUUGAAUGGUUUCGGACACAUUUUGUGACAAAACAUUCUCCUAGUUUAUGCUAUGACUGCAAUUAGUUCAUUGUCGGCAUACUGAAUUUAUCAUUUUUGCCUAUGGAAAGUAGAUUUAGAAUCCAAUCCCUUUCUCCUUUGUGCUGAAUUGCUUUGCAACUGACAAGCAUGUGAGUUGGCCGUGGCAUCUGAGCAAAUUCAAUUUUGUGCUACUGCAAGGACCAAACAAAAGGGAUAGACCAAACUAAAGGGAUGCAGCUUGGUCUCCUUGUUAAACUUCACUGUUUUUACACUGCUAUUCAUAUGUAAGUGAAAUUUCAGUGAGACUAAUGGAAUUCAGAUCUGUUUUCUCUAUUGAUUUUUCCUAACAUCUCUCCCUCAGAAUGCAUGUCUUUGGUCGAUGGCACAUUCUGGGUUUCAAAUUACUACAUUCGAAAGGAAAACAAAUGUCAUUCUAUUCUCAUUGUGCAACUAAAGAAUUUCACAAAAGGCAAUGAAAAUUGAAGACCGAUAAUGCUAACGCCAUACACAAACCAUGAGUAGCUACUUUAACUUGACUUUUGCAAAUCGGAUACAAAAUUUGAAGCAGCAAAAGCAGCCGAUCCCCCCACCACCGAAACCAAAGCAAUCAAAACUUGCAACACCACUUCCCAAGGGUAGUCCUCAGGCACCAGAUACACACAAGAAGGGCCCACCACCAGCAAACCCAAGCUGAGGCUGAACAGGGCC